CUUCGUACAUAAAGUAUUCCAACUUCACUGGAGUGUGCUCAUUUACAAACAAAAGGAUGUAUUAGUUUUCUUAAUCUUCCCAAGCGACGACACCAGCCAACUAACUUGUCAUGAGUGCAAAGUGCAGAGGAGCAGAAAAACUUUUCUGCAUAUAAAAUAUAUCUCUCCUCAGUCGAGCACCCAUUAGCCUGCUGGGUGAUUCUGCCGUGCGCUCAGGGGAAAAGUUGCAGCGACCGUGCGUCACAUGGUGCCAACUGUUGCCUGAGACCAGCGCUGGAUGUCAUCGGUGACUGACAUGGCUGGUAUUCGGUCCUGCUCAAAGUUCAAAGAGAUUGAAUGUUAGGCCAAGAUCCUAUCAGAGAAGAGUGGAGCUUCUUGGUCGAGCCGUGGGCUACCUGCAGUCUGGUGACACUGCCGGAUCCAUUAACCAGUCUGCCUUCCUUCUUUCCUUCGCCAGCCAGCCAGCCAGUCAGCGAGUCGUUUAAAGCACCUGAGUUGUUUGAAGCACCUGACUAUCUCGUUAAGUCUCUGUUGGCCUGCAUACCUCCCUGUGACAAUGGUUUUAGUUUAUCAUCUCGCAGCACUCCAGGAGUGGGCUGUGAGAACAGUCUGACUGAAAGGACCUGUGGCAGACGGACAGCCAGGCAAGCAGACGACACUUUGUGUGCUUUCCACUAUUCAACUUUUCUUUCGGGUGUUUUUUUUGGCAGUGAAGAACUUUUUGUCAACUUUUUUCUCUCGGCUGAACUUUUUUUCUCUCUCUCUCUCUCUCUCUGCAGAGCCAAACAUUUCAUAUUGAGUUUGUCGUCAGGUGCUAUUAAUAGGCUGAUUGAAUCUACGUUGACAAUAGAAUUAAGGACUGUGGAACUGAUUGGUCUAUGAAAAAGAGAUGAGAACUUUUCAUUUAUUUGUUGUGAUCUGCUCUUGAAUGAUUCACCUGUGCAAGUCUUACCUGUUGGAAGAAACAUUUUCUCACCUGACUAGUCUGUAUUAUUCCAUAAUGGAGGAAACUGUUUUCGAGAGCCCCUGGGCUGGAGCUGCUGACCAAGCCAAAGGAUGUCAGCAGAUGCCGACGGUGCAGUGACCUCUGAUGGUGUGGAUACUGGCGACGUACAGACGAAAGUAAAGGGACGCAACCGAUUCUGCAAGCAGUGUAAAUUCACCUGCACGGACUCCAAGGAGUUCCUUCACCACCAGAUGACUGCCCAUGGUGAGAACGAAGAAAAAGACAAGACCGAGAAUGGUGUACAGCGACGGAACAGCGUGAAAAGUAGCAACAUUCCAAUAAAACCAAGAUCUUCCAGAAGCAACUCUGAACAUUCCACUGACGCUAACGAACAUUCCACAAUGAUGUCUGAACAGGCAAUAAAUGAUUACAUGAAUGGUGACAGCUCGUUCUCUGAUGAGAUGCUCAACGAUGAGGAACAGGAUGAAAGUGGACGGCUGAUUAUAGCGGAGGAAGGGGAGACCACUCCAGUGACCCCAACAAGGUGCGGGAACAUUCAGAACAGAACGUAUGUCUGUGGUGUGUGCGAAUUUACAUCCACAAGUGCCAAAACAUUCCUUCAUCAUCAGAAAGACGACCACAAGCAUGAUUUCAUCAUCUAUGAAUGUGAUAUCUGCGAGUAUGCAACCAAGUACAAGCAGAAGCUUCCACGUCACCGGAAACUGCACUUCUCUGGACAAGAUGGACAGCUGUUGGCGAUGGGACGAGAUCUUGAUGAACUUAGUAUUACUCCUAAUAGCAGCUUGACAGAGAAGGAGUUGAGAGAGAUGGAAAACAGUGUUGUUGAGGAUGAGGUGGAGGAUGACAUUGAGGAUGAGGAGGAGGAGGAAGAGGAGAUCAUCACAGUUGAACCGGAGGCUCCUGAGGAAACAGCUGCUGCUGUUGCAGUCACCGUUCCGUCGGAGAAAAAGAAAAAAACUAGACAAGAAGUGGAUCCAGCUAAAUACUUUGAAGUUGUUGAUGACUCUGGUAUCAAGUUUGCCUGCUCGUGUUGUGGAAACAUCUACAAGUGGAGAAAGUCGUUGAAUAAACACUGGAAAGAGAAGCACAACAGUGAGGUUCCCGACAACAGCAAAAGACCGCCAGGCUUGAUGUACCUUGUUAACUCGGGUAAUCAUACAAUCUAUGGGAGAAGACGUAUCUACAGUAACAGCAUCCUGUCAAACUCUGGAAUUAAUGGACAUUCACAGUCUUUGUCUUCACAUUCACCCAAUCAGUCGCGAUCAGACACUCCAUCCAGCGCCAGCAUGAACAGAAACAGUCCCUUGGGUGGUCAAGAUAACAGAGAAUCAUCUCCAGUUCAGACUCUAGUAAUCCCUAACUACAUUGGACCAUUCAUCACCAACACCAGUCAUCCCGUGUAUCCUACUGCAAGUUCAAAGCAAGAUCGUCCUUCAUCUGAUCCAGCUGCAAUGCAAAGUGGUGAAGCAUCACGUUACAGAUCAGCUGAUACAAAUAUACAGAAUGAGCCACUCGACUUCUCCGUGAAGAAGGAAGAGAACGAGACCUUGAACCCAGACUUCUUUAAAGUGAAGAUGGAACCCAUUUGGGAUGGUGAUGACGAGCAGGUGAAGAAAGGUUCUGCUGGUCGACCCGAGACGAAACCAGCUGUCCUGCAGUGUACCAAGUGUGGCUUUGUUGCAAAGACUUUGGUGGACUACAGCUCUCACAUGACCCUCCACUUGAACAAGCGGGCAUUCAAGUGUGCUGAAUGCAAGGAGCACUUCAAUGGGGUGGACGAACUUAACAAACACUUCCUCGACAGUCACGCUGACAAGAUUAAAGAACACAAAGAUGCCAUACAAAAAAUACCCCAUGGCUUGCAGCAGACUUAUCAUCUGUUGAAGAUGCCUCUCAAUACCAUCACUGGGCUGAAUGCUCAGGAGCUGAUGUCGACAGAAUCUAAACAACUUAAAUGCAAUAUGUGUGAUUUUGUCGCCAAAUGGCCGGCUGAGCUUCAGAAGCAUGCUGUAUCUCAUUCUGAAGAGCGACCUUUCAUCUGCAUGGUGUGUGGUUCCACCUACAAGUGGAAGUGGGAUCUUGUGAAGCACUUUGAGAAGAGUCACCAUUCACUUCCAAACCCUUACAAAAGACGAGAAACAGCUGCAAGUAACAAGACUAGCACCACUGCAGGUUACGAUGGUGCACACGACAUGCCAUCAUUGAUACCAUGCAGUUGGCCAGAGGAACCUGCAAAGAAACGACGCCGACUGUCUGAUUCCGAUAUGCCUGAUCUGGAGUCAAGACCUUUGGGGAUGACUUCAAACAAGAGACUUUCACCUGAUGAUAUUCCCACUUUGAUCAGGGCUGAACAGAGAUUCACCGAGUUUGAAUCUGAUAGGCCAUCUUCAGUUCCAAAUCGCUUCAACAUGGUGGAAUUGAAUGAUGAAAGAGAUGAAAAUGAUCACCUAAGCCAAAUCAAAAUCACUAAUGUCCAUUCAUUAGAUGGUGCUGACGAAAUGAUCUUUAGGCAUGAUUUGAACAGCGAGGUAAAGCGGCCAAUCACACAGGAAACUCAGAAGGCAGUCGCAGCAGCGGUUCGACAGCGUCUAAGCAAUCAGUCGAACAAACAGUGUGAUGAAAACCAGUAUCAGAAUUCAGAUCCGAGCAACACAGAUAUACUGCUGCCGUACAAGUGUCCUCGGUGUGAAUAUAGGGCAAGGUGGCCAUCGGAAAUCACUCAGCACAUGAAAAACCACUCUGAUGAAAAGCCAUAUCAUUGUCCUCGCUGCAACUACAAGAGCAAGUGGAAGUGGGAUGUUGUCAAGCACAUGAAGCGAUGUGGAGGUGGGACAAUCAAGGAUGUCAUUGACACAACAAAAACAAAGAAAAUCGGUCCACCCAACGUUACAGUGCUACCAGAAGGAAAUCUGCAGCAGCAAACGCCACAACCUGUUGCCUAUCUCCUUAAUUCAAACUUGACAGGAUCUUCCACUGUCCUGGUUCCUGUCAUAGCAAACACUGAUAAAAACACACCAACAUCUAUCAGUUCCAUGCCACCACUGCAGCAGCAUAAUCAACAGUUGCAGCAAGGGAAAACGUUACCUCCACCACCACCUCUGAUACAGCCAUUCAAACAAGGACAAACUAAGCAGCCAGUAUUUCGUAGUUUAAUCAAUCAAGGCCUCUACCACUGUCUUGAAUGUCCAUUUGUUGGGCAUAGUCCAGCCGAGCUGAAACGUCAUUCUGUACUUCAUUCCGAAGACAAACCGUUUUCCUGUAGAGUCUGUGGAUACAGCUCCCGAUGGAAGUGUGAUUUGAAGAAACACAUUCUGUCCUACAACCAUUAUGCAGGUUCCUCUGUUGACAAGAACAGCAAUAUCAACAUUGAAGAUGCUAAUCUGAUGGAUGAUGACCAUGAGGAGAUUCCAGAGAGGUCGUUCGUGAAGUGUGGCAAGUGUGCUUACAUCGCCUACAGUCAGGAGAUGCUGGACAGUCAUCUGAAGACUCACGCCGAAUCAAACUCUCCUGCCAAGUUCAAGUGCAAGCAGUGCAGUUUCCAGGGCAAUGACUUGUCUUCUUUCCUUCAACACAGAGUGACACAUUCUCAGUCUCACAACUUCCUACAGCAGAAUGGAGAGAUGAACAAGAGUGAAGAUCUCGAUGAAGCAAGAUUGAAGCAUCCUCGGAAACAAGUCAAGACGUUCCAAUGCUCAAAGUGCAACUUUGUCUGCACCAAACGAGAAACUAUGCAGAUCCAUGAAGGAGAACAUCAUGCUGAGCUUGUAUAUAAAUGUUUCUACUGUGACAUCAGCGUAAAUGACAAAGAUUCUCUUCUAGACCACAUCGUACAUCAUUCAGAGUUCAACCCAGAUGAGUGGGAAACUUUCUUCAAGGAUGAUAAGAAAGAAUCUGAAGACGAAGCUGAAAAUGAUGGGAUGCAUAGACCAGGCAGCCAAGAAUCCAGUGUCGUUGAUCUUACCAGCUCAGAACAGGCAUAUUCCCAGUCAAACAGUCAGUCUGAAACUCAAAACUUCAUGGCUAGUAUUGGCUUUCCUCACCUCAGUCUUCCACCUUUGGUUCGUCAAGGCCAGCCAGGAGCAUUUAGCACACCACAGAACAUGAGGAACUCUCACGAGUCUGGGAAAUACACCACACCAAACAGCAUGCAGUAUCAGAGAGGACAAAUUGCUGGUCAGUCGGCAUUCAGAAGCAUCCAACCAGCACCAUCAUCACAAGCAGUGUCCUCCAGGAGGUACCAGUGUGAGUGGUGUGAGACAACAUUUGCACAUAUCUCUACCAUUUACCAACAUGCUCAGAACAUUCAUCCCAUUAACCUGCAUGAACAAGAGGUUAGAGAGAGACUGAAACAGAGCCAUGCUGCUUUACUCUCUUCUUCUAGUCCAACCACAUCACAACCAUCAUCAGCAUCCGUGACAACAUACAGUGUUUUGCAGUCAAGCUUGCAGAGUCCAGCAACUUACCAGCCAGUUCAGACGGUUGCCAAGAUGCCCAUACCCAGUUAUAAACAGGCCCUGCAGAACAUGAGAGCCAUGUCAGCUGAACGACCAAUAGCUCCAGCUCCACGCAAUCCACCUCCACCUUACAGCAGUUCUCCUGGUACCGCUCCAGAAAGCAUUGCAAAAGCUAGAAAAACUAUCAGUCCUCAGAAAAAAUCACGAUCUUUCCAGUGCACAAAGUGUCCUUUCACAGCUCCCAAUGCUGUGACCUAUCUACGACAUAUUGAACGUCAUGGCAGCAACUGUAAACACACCUGCUGGUUCUGUGAUUACAGCAUCGACAGACUCAACCUUUUGUAUCAGCACAUGAAAGGAACCCACCCUGACCAGUGGAAGGGCUCUGGAACCACCACUGAAAAUCCCAUUGCAAAAGAAACCAAUAAAAAUAAUGCAGAAGAAUUGGGCAAACAACAUGGUAUUACAGCUACUGAAAACUCAAGUUUCAGUGGAGAUUCCUUUGAAGAAAUGAAUAACAAAACUUCAGAAAAUGAUGACCAGAAACCUGUCCUGAUCAUGAAAGAGCAGACCACAUGGCGCGGUGUCCCAAUUCAGAUCUGCAGCAUUGAUGGAAAGAAAAACUACAAAUGUCCCAAAUGUCAUUACGUCAGCAGUAAUGCUACAAACACUUCAAAUCACGUUCGCCAGCAUGGCUCCAACAGAAAGUACCAGUGCAAGAGCUGUGAUUACAGCGUGGACAACUUGAAAUUGAUCUACCAUCACAUGCAAAGCGUGCAUCCUCGCCAGCAGGCUUUCAUUGAGGUGAACAAGAACAUCGAAGUGGCACCAGUUGACCUGGAGAUGGAUGAAGAUGCUGUCAAGGAGGAUACUGGCAGGAAAGAUGACUCUGGGACUCUGAUGAAUUGUCCUCGCUGUCCAUUCAGAAACCAGUCCAGAGAUAUCUUCCAGAGACAUCUGGAAAUGCACAGCUACAAUGGGAAGUAUCGCUGUGAGCACUGUAGCUACAGUGUGGACAAGCUUCCUCUUCUUACGCAGCAUGCCAAGGUGCAUGACAACCAGAAAGGUAUUGCCAAGACCAUACCCGAAAAGGAACACUUCACCAGCUUGCUGAAUUUGAAAUCUGUUGAUCGAAACGCCAUCAGCAACAAAGUACAAACGGCUUCCUGUGUUGCCUCGAAGAUGCUAACGAUGCAAGCCAAGCAGGUUCUCGCUAGGUCUAAGCUCAAUGGUAGAAUCCGAUACAAGUGUUCACGAUGUCCAUACCACACAUUCUGCAAAAACAAUCUGAUCAAACAUCGUAAACAGCACAUUGUCAAGAGUCGAUACAGAUGUCAGAAGUGCAGUUACAGCGCAGCGCGGGAGUAUCUCCUCCUACAGCAUAUCAGGUUCCACGAUGAUGAAAUGAAACGCAGUAAUCAGCCGAAGAUCAAAAGCUUUCAAGAUGUCAUCAUGGAUCCGUUUGAGCCAAUGGGCAAAACCUUUCAGUCAUCGGACAUGGUGGAUAAAAAUAGUCUGGAGAUGAAACAUGAUGAACAAGAAGAUAUGGAAGACCAAGGGGAGGUAACUGAUGUCGAAGGUAACAGUAAUGAUACCGAUGGUGUGGAAGAAACCGUUGCUGAAGAGAUGGAUGUUGAAAGUGAUCUAAAUGAUCAUGAUGGGAGCUUGAUCCAUGAAAAACAAAUGAGGAACUAUAAAUGUCAAGAAUGUCCAUUCAGCAGUAACUCGUCAUUCGAGUUCAACAAGCACAGGAAGCUUCACGGAGCUAUGUACAGGUACAAGUGUGACUUCUGUUCGUAUAGCUUAGAGAGACUCAAUCUACUCACUCAGCAUCGUAAACUUCACUGUGAAGAAGAAGGAUUCGACCCCGAGCCUUCACCCUCAGUCCUCCUCAACAAGGAAGCCAUCAAUCUAGAAAACAGCUUAAAUGAGUCCUUAACCGAGAUGCAAGAAAAGGUUUCAUCAUCAUCCAGCAGUGGUAGUGUCCUUGCAGAAAGUGAUCUGGAGGAUGGAAUGCGUCAUCUCUGCAAGUCUUGCCCGUAUGGAUCCAACUCUGUCAAGAGCUUCAGUGUUCACACACACAUGCAUGGCCUGAACAGAAAGUAUAUUUGCGACCACUGUGAUUGGAGUGUUGAUCGGCUGAAUUUGCUGUACCAGCACAGAAAGGUACAUGCAAAAGAAGAAGGUUUCGUGCCCAAUUUUGACGAGAUUAACUUCCUAAAUCGAGAAUAUGCACUAGAAGCACCUAAAAAGUUCAAAGCUCAGAUACAAGGCUUUGAGAAAGAACCACACAAGGAAGACCUCUCUGUGGAGAUGCAUUCAGCAGAACAACCAUUACCUGAUGUCAGACACCGCAGUGUGAAGAAAAUCUACUCCUGCAAACUGUGUCCCUUCACCAGUAACAACAAAAACAGCUUUGCUUACCACAAGGUGCUGCACCGAAUGAACGCCAGGUACACAUGUUCUCAGUGUUCUUACAGCGUCGACCGCUUCAACCUGCUCAACCAGCACAUGAGACUCCAUGAGGAGGAAGCCACAAGUCCAGCCAAAACUGAACGCAUGAAAUGUCCCAAGUGUCCGUACCACAGUCCCAGCGUGUCGCUGUUGAACGCACACAUCGCCAUGCACGCGUCGGGCUGCCAGUACACCUGUUCCUUCUGUGACUUCAGCUCUGACCAGUACAGCGUUCUGCAGCAGCAUGCAAAGAUCCACGAGGAGAGACGGAAUUCGGAGUCGCCUCCUAUGAACAACACCAAAUUUAAAGCUUUCGAAGGAGAUGGCAUGGAAGCGGUGACUCCUCAGCUGUACUUCAACUCUCCGGACGAUCCUGAUGACAUGACCGGAAGUGAUAUUAGUGAAGAGAGUGAACUGAAGUGUGACCGAUGUCCAUUCAGCACACCAUCAAAGAAAAAGCUUGAGGACCAUGACUUCCAGCAUGGACUUCAUGACCGUCUGCUCUGUCCGUACUGCGACCUCAGCUGUUCGCGCGACUGGGACCUGCUGGAUCAUGUCCAGGUACAUUUUCCUGGAUCUCCCAUCGACAUGAAUACCCUCAGGCAGAUGAUGGCUCAGCGCAAGAGAGAAAACAACAACAACAUUUCACAAGAUAAGCCACUUCGUUCUGUGACCAAAAGUAAGUUGGUGACUCAGCUAAAGAUGGAUUCUGCCGAGGAGAGCACCCCAGACUCGACAGUUCGAGAGAUGCAGAAAGUCCUCGAUGCUAGGUCUUGUGAAGCAGUCAGUGAGGUGAAAGCACCACAAUGCACAAAGGUUUAUGUCUGUCAGUAUUGUGAGCGUGAGUUUGAGAACAAGGAGGGCAUGCUCCAGCAUGAAAAACUUCACUUGAUUGGACAUUGAAAGCUGUUAGUCAUAACAAAGACUGUUUAGACAUUAAUAACUAAAAACUGAAAGCUGUUAAUGGUGUGGAAGAUUGCUUGAAUGAACAUUAAUAAAGAAUUGUUAAAAGCUGUUAGUGUUAGGAAGGAGAAUAAUAUAACAAUCUAGAAAAAUCUUAAAGACUUGGUGAAGUAUUUUUGUACAGCAUGGAAGAUUCUAUAUCUUUAACGUGAGUUCAUCACUCUUUUUAUACAUUCAAGAAAUAUAUGAACAGAAUGUAGAUAGUGUGAAUGUUGGUAAAAUGUAAAUCUGGUAUGUUGGACAGAAUGAGACUCAUUUUCCACUGGAAUUUGAUCUUCAUCAUUUUUAUUCUAUAUUUCAAGGGACACUGGUGUUGUGACUUGUGCACUGUUACUGUAUCAUCGGACAUUUUAGUAUUGCUGUGACUGCUGAAUUUGUCUGUCAUUUGAUUGUAUUGUGCCAGAUGAUGAUGAAAAUGAGUGCUUUAUGAAUUGUACUGUAUGCAUGAACUGUAGGUGUUGUUGAAGAAUGUUCUACCAACAGCCUUACUGGAUAAUAAGCUUGAUGCUCCAGUACCCAGAGAGUCAAUCUAAAUGAUGAUAUAUUACAGGCUAAAGUGUCAAUGGUUCUGUUGGUUUGUAUGACUGAAUGAUGAAUGUGCCAUGGAGAAAAUCCUGUUAAUGAUGAGUACAUUGUUGAUAUGUGUUGAUGUUUGAACAGUUUGAUGAAUGAACCUGAUGAACCAGAUGUUCUGGAACCAAGAAGAGCUUCAGCUGAAUGACUAUGCAGCAUUCCAUUGGACACUAGUGUUAACUGCUGGUCAUUGAAUGAUGGUGUUUCCUCCUGGUUCUUGCAGUUCUUUGAAUGAUGAUUUAGCCUGCUGGUAGUUCUUUGAAUGAUGGUAUCGACUGCUGCUAGUUCUUAGAUGAUGGUGACUGCUGUUUGUUUAGUGUCCUAUGGAGCCUCAAGUCCUUAAGGAUUUUUCUGUAUGACUAUGCAACAUUCCAUGUAACCAUUGUGAUCUUUUGGCCUUAACACAAGUGCCAUUAACCUCUACUGUAGAAUAUUUAUAAUGAUAAAAUGAGAUGGGUUUUUGUUCUGCUUUUCAUAACAUAUCUUAUGCAUAUUUGUAUAUCUAAACUACCUUGAGAAAUAUAUAAACAGUUGCUUUUAUAUAUCUGAUGCUCAAAAACCAUUGUUUGAAAUUUAUUUAUAUAAUGAAUUCUGCCACACACAAAAAGAAGAAAAAAUCAGAUGUUUUAUAAAUCCAUUGAUAUUUCCAAGUUGUAAUAUUUAUUGAGAUUAAUAGAGCAAAAGUGAAAUCACAAUUAAUCAUAUAAUUAUUUCCUUUUCUUUUUGGUUUUGUUAUAAACCAUGUAAAACCCAGGCUUCACAACCACUAGGUGUAUAAUUGUCCUUCAAACAUUUAAUUCAGUAUUUUGCGUUACAUAUUGAAGAAAGUAAACAUAUUAAUUGAUGGAUGUCUAAUGAAAAAUUACUGUUUGGUUCAUGUUUUCAGUUGCGCUAUAAAGUGAUGUACCUUGAUGAUGAACACUGGUUUAUUGAUAAGAUAUAAGGCACCAUGUGUAAAAACAAACACUUGUCUUAUACAACUUGGUUUUUAAACCUGUAUGUAAAGGACACUGUUUAGUUUUAUUUACCACAAAGAGUUCCACUCAUCGUGGACUCAAAACAUUAUGGUAACAUAAUAAGUCAAAGGUGGCUGAUGUAUCAUACGAUGAAACUGAAAACUGCUGUAAAGGGCUCCAUGUAUAAGAAACAAAAAUCGUCCUGAAGAGCAUUCAGAUAUAUUUCUUCUGUAGACAAAUUCAUGUAUUUUACAUACAGUGAAACCUGUCAAAACAGAACCGUCUGUAAACCGGAAUUCUCCCAAAACUGGAUGUUUUUCAUGGUCCGUUUUUUAAAAUCAGUACAGAACUUGACCUCUCUAAACCGGAUACCUCUAGAAACCAGACAUUUAACUGGUGUCCGGUUUAUAGGGGUUUCACUGUAUAUGCAAACCAUUUGUUUAUAUAAAACCGCUUUUACAGCAAGUCCUUGUAUGACCCCUAUAAUCAGAUUUGAAUUAGAUGGUACAUAUAGUCCUAAUGGAUUAAGACGUCUGGAUCUAUUUGUAAACAAAUUUGUGCAAUUGAUUACAUGUCAUGUUCAUAAGAAAUCAUUUGUUUUUCAAACGUUUUGUUCAUUGUGUAGUUUUGAGGUUUUUUAAAAACCAUUUAUUGAUGUAGGAAUAUUAGUUCUAGUAUGUUUUUACAUCGGGUCCAUUUGUACCAUCACUGCCUUAAUAACGUGCAAUGCCGUAUGGCUGUCAUUUUAGAGAUGAUAUCAUGCGUAGAGUAAUAAAUCAUUGAAAAUGAUUGUGUAAUGAUAAAUAAUAGGUCAUCCAUGAUGAUCAUGUAGUGAUAAAAUUAUUUAAGAUGAUUUUUGUUUUAAUUUUUUUUUUUUUUUUGUAAAUUCAUUUUCUUUGACAAGUCAAAACAUGCAUUGGAAGAUGAUGUCCUGGAUAAUUUUGAAAUUUUAAGUGCAAGAACAAAUAUUAAUAAUUAAAAACAAAGAUGGUAAAUCCGAUUCUCAAUGUUUUUCCAGGAAUUGAUCAAGCGUUUGGUAAGAUGUUCUUUUAACAGUGGCUCAAGCCAUGGGUAAUAAAUAAUAUCUAAAUCCAACAACUGCAAGAUUUACUCACCUUCACCAGUUGCUGACUGGAAAUUAGAAUCCAUAAUUAUACAUACUGAUUAUUAUUUUUUGUUUUUUUAAAUACUGAUCAUGAUAGUACAUUGGAUGUGUUUAAUAUGGAGAUGUUUUUUUCAUUCCUUUGCUCUUAAGAUAUUAACCAGAGUAUGUAUUUUAUUAUAUAUAGGUUUUAUAUAUAUAUAUAUAUAUAUCCAUGUAUAUUUUAUGCAAAAAUUAAUAUGCAGGCCAAUCUCUAUGAACUUGAGAUCUCGAAUGAAUUAUUCUGUAUAACUGUGCUAUCUUUUAUGAUCUGCUAUUCUGUGAUUUAUCAUUAUCUGACACUUUCCUUAACUGUACAGAAUAUUUCAUGCGAAAUACUAAAUAUUUAUUAGUGUUCCAUGCGAAGUACUGAAUAUAUAUAAUGAUGUGUUCCAUAUGAGGUAUUGAAUAUAUGCCCCUAAUACCACAUUGGGUACUGAGUGUAUGACAUAAUACCACAUAAGGUACUGAAUAUACUAUACUAAGGGUUUAAGCUGGACUCUAAAAGAUGAUUAGCAUUUUGGUGAACAUUGUAGACAAAUUCAAGUUUCAGUCACAGUGACCAGAGAGCCAAAAUGAUGGUUAGAUCUAUAUAUGGCGUGUAAUUUUACAGUUGGCUUUUUGGUGAAUUAAUAAUGAAAUACAUUGGCCAUAUUGAACUUUAAUUCACAAUUUGGCAAAUGACAGCUUAAACCCUGGAUACUACGACAUCAGGUACUUAAUAUAAUAUAAUAUGACAGAGUACCACAUACGGUACUGAAUACAAUGCCAUUUACAUUCAGUAAACGUAACCAUAAAUAAUGACUGUACUCUGUGAAUACAAAUCCAGAUAAAUUAACAUUCCGUGCAGAAAUCCUGAAUAUUUAUUCAGUAUCGACCAUUUUAUUGUUAAUAAUGAAACCCUGUCCCCAGGAAAGCCUUAAACCCUCACUGAACAUCAGUGGUGUACCUAGGGUGUGGCAAGUAUGGCACCAUUUGAAGUGGGGCACCGCUGAACAUCAGUGGUGUACCUAGGGUGUGGCAAGUAUGGCACCAUUUGAAGUGGGGCACCACUGAACAUCAGUGGCAUACCUAGGGUGUGGCAAGUAUGGCACCAUUUGAAGUGGGGCACCGCUGAACAUCAGUGGCGUACCUAGGGUGUGGCAGGUAUGGCACCAUUUGAAGUGGGGCACCGCUGAACAUCAGUGGCGUACCUAGGGUGUGGCAGGUAUGGCACCAUUUGAAGUGGGGCACCACUGAACAUCAGUGGCGUACCUAGGGUGUGGCUGGUAUGGCACCAUUUGAAGUGGGGCACCACUGAACAUCAGUGGCGUACCUAGGGUGUGGCAGGUAUGGCACCAUUUGAAGUGGGGCACCGCUGAACAUCAGUGGCGUACCUAGGGUGUGGCAGGUAUGGCACCAUUUGAAGUGGGGCACCGCUGAACAUCAGUGGCAUACCUAGGGUGGCAGGUAUGGCACCAUUUGAAGUGGGGCACCACUGAACAUCAGUGGCGUACCUAGGGUGUGGCUGGUAUGGCACCAUUUGAAGUGGGGCACCACUGAGCAGUUUCUAUUCAAGUCGGACAAGCCAUCCUCUGAUAGUGAAAAAAUAAUUUUCUUCAGAUGUAUGGGGCGCAAUUUCAUUGCUUGUCAUAGGUCAUUAUUUUCCGUAUAUACACCACUGUUGAACAUUCCUUAUAAUAUACUGUAGUCAUUUUUUAUCAAGUGCCUUCUUGAUUGUUUUUCAUUGAAUUUAAUUUGUUUUAAUGAAUGUUAAACAUCGUAAUAUUAAAAGUCUUGGUAUUUUCUGUGUCAACAAAAAUGUCUAGUUAAUGUUUUUAACAAUAUGUGCCUUCUCACCUUCACAUGCCUUCCAGUUGAAGUUGUUCUGUAAGACGAACAUUAUGGUAUUACGUGUUGUUACCGAUGUGAGUACUUUCAACCAUACAACUUGCCUUCUCUUUGAAAAACCGUUAUGUUAUUGGCUGCUGUUACUGAGGUGUAUAUUAACAUCUACAUUUCACUUUUCUAUUCUUGAGGCCGUCUUCCAUAGAAAGCUCUUUUAAUGUGUCACAUUUUUUGAAUAUUUUUACAUUUGACAUCAGGGCCCGUGCUCAUAAAACUUAAAGUCCAGACUUUAACGUAAUGCUAUUUGAAUGGCGUUGCCAUGACACUAAAGUCUGGACUUUAUUAAAGUCUAGACUUUAAGGUUUAUAAGCACGGGGCCAGUUCAGGUUAUGCAAAAUAAUUUUUUUUUAAAUAAUUUAAGAGCUAACAAAUCUACAUUGUUACCAUUAUGUGAAUGUUUAAACUGUUGUACUAUUGGAUCAGUAAUUUAUCUAUGCAUUUUAAAAGAACAAUUAUGGCAUUAAAUUCAUAGGAUUGAAUCUACAAAUCCUGCUUUUCUUAAAUGUAUUGUAAAUAUAUGUAAGACAGAAUUGGACUUUGUAAAUGUGGUCCUUAAUGUUCUUAAAAUACCCAAGUGAAAACAAUUGAUCGGUAAAACCAUAUAGUAGUAGGUCUAAAUUUUAGUAACAUUUAAUAAUUCACAUUGUAGAAAUACUUAGUUUUGCUUUUAUUAUCCACAUGGUUCAACAUAACCAAGUUAAUAAUAAUCAUAUGAAGCACAUGUGUAAUAACAAGUGUAAUGACGUAAUUUUGGGAAGCAACGUCGCUACGUCAUAACAUGACGUUUUCUCCAGCCCUAGUUCAGACUGUGCAUUUCAAAUAUGAUAUCAUUUUGUCGUCUCCUUCUUGUUGUGGUUGAAACAUUUUGAGACGGUCCUUGUUAUUCAUAAAAAAAAUAACAAUAAUAAUAUGGAUAAUAAAGAAAUUAUUACACUUGAAUGUGAGUCGUACUGAUUUUACUAAACUCAUGUCAGAAUUUAUGUAUUGCUCUUGCUCUUGUUCGGGCAAUACAAAGAUCCUGACAUUCAUUUUGUAAAAUCAGUACAUCACACAAGCUCGUAUAAUAAUCUAUUUAUAAACCUAUACACAUCCAGACAACCUGACAGUCAAAGGGGAGAUAAUCUACAAUUGACCACGAACAUGGAUAUUAGUAAAACAAAUUCACUAAACAAAAACCUAUUUAUGAUACUUUCUAAUGUAUAAGAUUUCGUGUAAAUUAUGUAGCAGUGAUUUAUUUUUUGAAGGAUUUGUAGUUUUGUCUACCUCAUAAUAACAAACAAAUAUAGUGUUCAUUUAUGGAAAGUGCCUUACCACCAGUAUCUGAAAUGUAUAAAAACAGUAAUUAAAAAUUUCAGUGAAUGUUGUUAGUCCAUUUAUCAGUUUCAAGAAAAAGAAAAGUUUGUUUAAUUUUUUAUAAAUUAACCAAAUGGUGUUUAUUUUAGAGAUUGUUAAAUCUUGAAUGUUCCUCUUGUUGAAUUGUACAUAGGAGUACUAAGGAUAUUUCUUAGUCAAAGGGGAGACAACUAAAUGUGGGACUAGCUACAGUUGAAAGCUGUUUUGAGAAAGUAUUAACAUUCCGUGGCACUUGUUGAAUCAUGGAUGUGCAGGUAGUUAUUAGUUGGGGGUUUUUAAUGUAAAAUUUAGAAAAAUGUUUCAAGUAGAUACUUUUGUGUAAACUGUGUUAUAAAUUUAAUAUGUACCAAUUCAUUGCUGGGAAUAUUGUGUCAAAUUGAUUGCAUGCAAUAACAAAAUACCAGGUGCAAUUGUCUUUGAAAGAAUUAAGGCAUUCCAUUUUAUAUAUAUCAUUUUGUGAUCUACUUUAUUAACACCUAUGCAGUUAAAAAUAACCUAAAUAUUUAUGCAGUUUCAGGGCUUCCAAGCAGAUUGUUUUUAAUGUUAGUUAUGAGAAUUAUUAUUAAAAAUAUAUGAUACGGCUUACUAUGUUUCUGCUUUGUUGGGUGCAUUUAGCUUCAUUUAAAUUUUGAUAAAAAAAGAAGUGAAUAUUAAAUUAAAAACUGUUCCACAAGAAGUUGUCAAGUAGGCAUACAACUAUUUUAGAACUGUCAACAUGGUUUAGUUUCAAAUUUUCUAGACGUCAAGUUGGCUGAAAUAUGAAGUUUACUAGAUAUUCUACUUAUUCUGAUUAAAAUAUUUUAAUAAUGCAAAUACUGUUUGUAUCACCUUUGUGCCUUGAACCAACUGACUUCACAUAUUUCUUCUCAAAGCAGCCAUUUGUUUAUCUUUGUUUAUACAUCAGAUAUAACUUCAGACAUAGGUAGUAAAUAUUGUUUACCAUCACACCGCGAUACUGAAAUGAGUUUUUCUGUUUAUACAUCAGAUAUAACUUCAGACAUAGGUAGUAAAUAUUGUUUACCAUCACACCGCGAUACUGAAAUGAGUUUUUCUGUUUAUACAUCAGAUAUAACUUCAGACAUAGGUAGUAAAUAUUGUUUACCAUCACACCGCGAUACUGAAAUGAGUUUUUCUGUUUAUACAUCAGAUUUAACUUCAGACAUAGGUAGUAAAUAUUGUUUACCAUCACACCGCGAUACUGAAAUGAGUUUUUCUGUUUAUACAUCAGAUAUAACUUCAGACAUAGGUAGUAAAUAUUGUUUACCAUCACACCGCGAUACUGAAAUGAGUUUUUCUGUGUAACGUUGUGACAAUGCAUGAGCUUUUUUUUCUUUUUUUAAAUCCCAACUAGUAUUAUCAUUUGCAAAAUAUUUAUAUCUUUAUGAUUAUGAUUUUACUUUUUCUUUUUUUUUAAGGGAAAAGUGUAAAUCAUUUAGUACUGAAAUCCUGUUUGGGAAAAAAAAAUCAUUAAAGAAAUCAAGAGUGACAGGCUUUUCUCAUUGGAUUUCAUAUUGUUGAACAAGUUUUAUAGAUCAAAUUUUGAAAUUUCAUCAUUCCAUAAUUUAUUUCAAUUCCAUUUUAUUUCCAGUUAAACAGGUGCACUCCAAGUGUACUUGGGAUGUAUGUUUUUUUAAAGAAAUGAAACAUUCCUUUUUCACUUUUUAUUUCACAUUUUUGUUUUUAAACUAUUCUUUACAUUCAUAUUGCGUAUUUAUGUGCUAGUGUUUGUAUAUAUUAGUAGAAUUCGUGGCACCAAAUAAAUUUGCUUUCCAUUUUCUUUAUUUCCAAUUGUACAAAGGCUUUGUGGUAUUUGGUGACGAUCAAAUUUGGUUGUUUAUUUCAUAUUGUCAGUGGUUAUUAUUUUGUUUACUGAUCAAACCAAUGUUUCAAUGCAUUAUACAUGAUUUUUUUCAUCAUAAUAAACAUUUAAUGAUGCCUCUCAAAAA